UGAUGGACGCGAUCAUGAUCCGGAUUUGAGACGUGAUUGCAGGUGAUAUCCAUCUUUCUUGUUAUCCCGGUUCUCAUCAGUUUUCACGACUUCAACCCGGCGCAUCUCCUUUUCCAACCUUCUGUCUCGAAGGUCUGGAUCUCAUUUUUUCUGGCCUCCAUCACUUCCGCUGGUCCUUUGAGCUCUUAAAACCCAACCAAAGCUCACGCAGCUGGCAUCAUACGGUAUCCAGCCAGUCAGGACUGCCUGCCCACUGAGCUGAAGCUUCGAUACUCCUCACUCACUCCAUCGCUCACCAAGACCGCAUCGCGGCCCCAAACCACCAUGCCCCUCUCCCUCCUCCGGGCAUCUGCCCUCCUCCUGGCUCUUUCCCGUCUCACCCCUUCCGUCCUGUCCCAAAACACAGACGAAGACAAGGACACCGACGAAGGCGGCUACAUAGGCUACCGCCUCACCCACCGCGGCGACCCCGAGUCCGCCAUCUACGAAACCGCCAACACGGGCUCCGAUGAUGACCUGAUCCUGCCCGAGGACCCAGACGUCUACCUCAACGCCUCCGUCUCCGUCGGCCUGAUCGACAUUGAGGUGGACAACAUCACGGCCAAAGUGAACCUGGACGCCAAGGUUUUGAGUUUGCUGCACUUUAGCGCGGGCGUGGAUGCGAGUAUUGAUCGAGUCAAGUUAAGGAUUGAGAAUGUCUCUGCCAAGGUCGAGCUGGAGGCCAGACUAGAAAAUGUGGUGGCUAUGGUGGAUGAUGUGUUGAGGAGCAUUGAUUUGAAUCCGAUUAUUGCUACGCUUGGUGAAGGGGUGGGGAAGAUUGUGGAUGGGGUUGGGGAUGUUGUUGGUGGUGGUGGUGGUGGUGGUGGUGGUGGUGGUGAUGCGGCGGGUAGUGCUGCUGGGAAUGUGCAGGCUAGGGAUGUGCCGCUUGAUGCUGGUGCGGCGGAACAUGACCUAUCCAAGCGCGUCCCCGCCACCGGUGGCCACAGCUCCGGAGCAGACCACGAUCCCUUCAACUACAACUUGGAGCACAACAUCCUUUACUCCGUCAACGACUAUCAGGGAAACAGACAUCGCAAUCGCCGGUUGGAUCAGAAUGGCGAGAUCUUUGAUGAGUAUCUGGAUAAUGACGGGAACGAGCAGUCGAGGACGGUGGUCGGGUAUUAUAAGGAUGACAUGACUUUUAAUGGACAUAACAGGAGCAUUGAGGUUGAUGGGAAGGUGAAGGAGUUUGAGCUGCAGUACGAGUAUAAGCCGUUCCCAGGUAUUGAGGCGAUUAGCUGGAUUUAUGUGGACGCGGAGGGGAAGGUGGUUAGGACCAAGGUCAUUUCGGAGGCGCAGGGGGGUGGGACGAGUACGGUUAGCAAUGAUUCAGAGGAGUGAGGGGGUGGAAUGUAAUGAAGGGGUGUCUUUGUAUAGUGACGGUUUGGUUUUCAUGUUGUGUUGGAGAGUGACGAGGAAGAGUCAUUGAAGAGGGGAGGAAACUCUGGUUCGUUUUUUUAGGGCAAG